AUGCGAGUGAACUUGUGUGAGAAGCAGAGACGGAGCGUCAGGUUUCCCUCUCCGCUCGCCUGGGCGAUGGGCUGCCGGCUGCGACAGAGCAGGAGCUUCCCGACUGGAAGAAGACAGAUAAGAAGGGGGCUCAGGGAGGGGGAGAGGGCUAAAUGUGACCCAGGGAUCCCUGCUUGUCUCCCCCCACACAGAGCAGGUGGAUGCGUCUGGAGCCUGUAACCUGAUCAGAGCAGUCGGGACUGGGGAGAGACACACAGAGUGUGCCCACUGUAAAUGCCCUGUAUUCAAGCACAGCAUGGAAGUCUGUCUCAAUGUGCAGGUCCCUGUGACAACUAUGUACCAGACAUCUUAAAUUCUGAGUUUGGCAAAUUCACCAUGGACCUUGUUAACAGUGAAAUUGCAGCUUCCACCUCCUUGCCCAGUUUUAGCACUUUCAUGGACGGAUACACCGGAGAAUUUGACGCCUUUCUUUACCAGAUUCCUUCUUCAAAUCAGCAGUCCUCACUGAAAGUGGAGGAAUUCCAGGUUUUUGGUUGCUACCCAGGUUCCUUCACAAACCAACUGGACGAAACCAUGUCCUCCAGUGGAUCAGACUAUUAUGGUAGUCCCUGCUCUAUCCCAUCUCCUUCAACCCCAGGGUUCCAGAACCCUCAGCUGCCCACUUGGGAGUGUUCCUAUGGUGCAUACUCACCAACUCAGAACUAUGACAACAUGCGGCAUUGGACCGAGCAACAGAAAAGCAGUAUUUCACAGCAGACUUUCUUUUCUUUUGGCACUCCAGCUCACAGCCCAAACAUGGCUGCCAAUCCCAUGAAGAUAGCUCCUGCAACACACAGACUUGAUCAGCAAGUUGUGGAUGCUGAUGUUUUUGCUUUGGCACAGAACUCUUCAGCAGGCUUUCCUGCUAUCCCUCUUGGUCAGGCACCUGGGGUACUUGACAACUCCGUUUUACUGGACAGUCCUUUAUCUCCUUCAAAAACACGGAGUCCCAGUUCUAAUGAGGGACGCUGUGCUGUGUGUGGGGAUAAUGCUUCCUGUCAGCAUUACGGAGUACGGACCUGUGAAGGAUGUAAAGGAUUUUUUAAGAGAACUGUACAGAAAAAUGCCAAGUACAUCUGCUUGGCUAACAAGGACUGUCCCGUGGACAAAAGACGACGGAAUCGCUGCCAGUUUUGCCGGUUCCAGAAAUGCUUAGCAGUGGGAAUGGUAAAAGAAGUUGUACGGACUGACAGUUUGAAGGGCAGGAGAGGUCGGCUCCCAUCAAAACCAAAACAAAUUGCAGAAUCAUCGCCAGUCAGUCUGAUCAAUUCGCUGGUGCGAGCGCACAUUGACUCAAUCCCCAGCUCCUCUAAAUUGGACUAUUCCAAGUUCCAGGAAAACGUGCCUGUCCAGUUAGAAAAAGAAAGCUCUGCUGAUGUGCAGCAGUUCUACGACCUUCUCUCUGGUUCACUGGAAGUCAUUCGCAAGUGGGCUGAGAAAAUUCAGGGAUUUGUGGAGCUCCCCAAAGAAGAUCAAGACCUACUGCUUGAAUCCGCCUUUCUAGAGCUUUUCAUUCUGCGCCUGGCUUACAGGUCAAGACCAGAAGAAGGAAAGCUGAUAUUCUGCAAUGGUGUUGUGCUUCAUCGCACACAGUGUGUCCGAGGCUUUGGAGAGUGGAUAGAUUCAAUCAUUGAGUUUUCCCACAACCUCCAGCGCACAAACAUUGAUGUCCCAUCCUUCUCCUGCCUUUCGGCUCUUGUCAUUAUCACAGAUCGACAUGGCUUGAAAGAACCGAAGAAAGUUGAGGAGCUUCAAAGCCGGAUUAUCAACUGCCUUAAAGAGCAUGUCCCCUCCUCUAUGAAUGAGCAGAACAGACCCAACUGCCUGUCCAAGCUUCUGGGGAAACUUCCAGAGCUCCGCACCCUCUGUACGCAGGGUCUUCAGCGUAUCUUUUACUUAAAACUAGAAGAUCUGGUGCCUCCCCCUCCUAUUGUGGAUAAGAUCUUUAUGGAUACUUUACCCUUUUAAAACUGCUCUGCUUUUGCCUUUGGGCCCAGAGAUGCUCUAAGUGAAAAGAGGAAACUCUUGGAACAUUCAAAUAUUUUGACAUUCGGUGCCUUGGCCAGCAGAUUUGCAAUGCAGUGUGAUCUACUGGAUCUUACUAGGAGUCUUUAUUUUUAAUACUACAGAGAACCCCGAUGUGCCUUUGGCUCAAAGUGACUUUUUCCAUUAUUUCCCCCUUUCUUCAAUUGUCUCAUGUUUAAACAUGUUUUUUUAUUGAAACACUUGCAGAGAUCAUCUGGUUCUGAAACAGCCUUCCUCUCACUGCUUCUGUAGAUUGGGUCUGUCCUGCUACAAAAACUCACCCCUUUAAAUGCAACUGUUCCCAAAUAGGUCAGAAAGGAUGGACCCACCACAAUCACAGCCAGUUUGUAAAGUCUUGUACAUAGAACUAAGAGAAAAUUGUAAAUAGGUCUGUGAAAUGCAAAGCUGCCCUCUUCAGCUGUGACUUUGGUUCCCACAGCCCUUUGAGCUGUGUGUAAAUAUGUGUAAUUUUUGAAAAGAAACAUUUAUAUUUGUGUAUCUUACUGGAUUUACAGUAUGUGGUUUUUUUCCCGAUUAAUAUAUAUUUAAUAUAUUGAAUAAAAAAUUUGCUGUAAUAAUA